AAGUAAUGCUUAGGGUUUCCACACCCACAGCGCAUCAAGAUGUGGCAUCGAUGGGAGCAAACAGUUUUUUCAACUUGGACAAACGAAAGAAGCAGGUCACACUAAUCGACCCCACAACGUGUUCGGGUACUUCGGCACCGGAAGAUCGACGAGUAGGCGUUGCCGCCCCGAAGAUGUUUGCCUUCGACGCGAUGUUCUCACAGGAUGACUCCCAGACUGAAGUAUGCUCGAGUGCCCUCACGGACGUCAUCGCAAAUUAAAUCAGCGGAACGGACGGGUGUCUUUUUUGCGCUUCGGCGGACGCGGUCGGAAAAUGAUAUACGAUGCUGGGCACGCCGGAAAAUGCCAACACACUCGGGAUUAUCCCAUGCGCCAUUUCAUGGUUGUUUCGUGGAAUCAACGAGCAGAAACUGAAGACUGGGGCACGAUUUUCUGUCCGCGUGUCCGCCGUAGAGGUUUGCGGGCCAACGAAUCAACUUCGAGACCUUCUGGCCGGACAUUCUAAUGAUUCGGAGCAAUCCCCAGGAGUGUAUCUGCGAGACGAUCCGCUCUUUGGCAACCAGCCGCCACACUGUGAGCUCCGAGUGCCGACGGCAGAAAAGGCGGCGCACUAUUUGGACGCGGCGGUCGAAUGCCGGUCGCCGCGACGCGAGGACUCUCCGCGCGAUUCACACCUGCUUUUUACACUACACGUCUACCAGUAUUCGGUGGCGGGGAAAGGAGGCGUCGCCGGAGGCAGAAGUCGGCUGCACUUGAUCGACCUGGGUAACUCUGAACGCGGAAAAGCAAGUGGCGGCAUCCCACUCUCCGGGUUGGGAAACAUCUUGUUGGCGAUAUUCAAUGGGCAAAAGCACACACUACAAGAGCACAACACGCACUGCUGGUGUCUCAGUUCAUUGACUUGUCACGCGGCCAUGAUUGCGCACGUGUCUCCGUAUGCACAGAACUACAAUGAUACAUUGACCACAGUGCAAUUAGCUUCUCGGAUUCAUCGCAUGCGACGUCGACGGAUUAAGUUCGUUAACGUGGGAACAGGGAACGGGUCAGGCGGCAGUUCGGGUGAGGAAGCGACGCGUACUCAAGGCACCGGCACCAGUUCUGAACCUGACCCAUCGAGUAGUGACCUUUCAGCUGACACUGUUAUCUAUGUGGGUCCAGCUGAUGAUGCCACAGAUGGCGAACACCCACCUGUGUACAUCCCAAGUUUAAACUCUGGAGACAACAGGUGUGUUAUGAGUAAAGCCUUGCGUGGUUCAUCGGCUGAACAACGACCGAAAACCAAAGAAGAAAAGACUCCCACACAUCGACCCAGUGUCAAAACAGCUUGUCAGAAUGGGGCCCAGAGUGCAAAAACAUCACCUGCUCAUACAAACAACACUCCCAAGGCAUCUCCUGCUCGACAGGUUAACAAGAAACAACCAACGGAAGCUGGCAAACAUCAAACAAAUGGAGCCAGUGAUGAGCAGUGGAUAGAUGGACCUAGAAUAUCCAAAUCGAAAGUGGCUGAAGCGAGGCAUUUCAUGAAGGAGCAACAGCAUGUGAAAAAACGUGAAACGUGGAUCGAUGGCCCUAUGCAAGCUGAACCAGCUCAAGGAUAUGGGUACAUGGACAAUCACAAAAAGAAUAUGAUUCGCAAGUGGGUGGAACACCAAACGUCACAAAUUGUACAGAAGGUUAAACCUGAAAAAAGUGAAAAACCGUCUAGUCGAACAAAAGAAUUAACCCAAUUUAAAACGUUUGAUGACAAGGAAGAAGUAGUAAAACCGCCGUUAGACACUACUAAGAAGCAAGAUGUUGAAGAGUGCGUGAUUCGAACAGGUUUAAAACUGUCAAAAACAGCAGCGGGGAUAAUUCCAGAAUGCAGAACGCCCGAGGAGAUGAAGGACGAGGAGGAAGACGAAGAGGAACCGGAAAUUCCUCCGGCACUUCCUCUAAUCAAACCGUUGAGCUCACGUGAAGUGAGUUUAGAGAGUUUAGACCAGUUAUUGAAAGAAAGGCAAAUUUACAACGCGGAAUAUAACAAUUUACAGCAACAAAAUUACGAUGACCAAAAUGGUGUCAGAGAUAGUGACGAGGAAGAGGAUGACGAUGAGGUUCUAGAAAUUAUUGAAGUGGAAGAACCACUGGAACCAGUUCCAAUGCAAGACUGUUGUUUGCAAGUGACAGAGGAAGAUAUUGCAUUUUGCAUGGGUUUUGCUGAAAACCCACUACCUGAAGUUGACCAAGAGAACCCCUUGGACCAUCCAUUGCGGAUACUCAGUCAGGAAAAUUUAACAGUUGUAAGCACAUUUACAGAUUCUAUGUCUGUUUAUACAGAUUUAGAACGAAUACUUCCACGUCAUAAAUAUGACCAUAAAUACGGUUUUUACCAUGAUGACUAUGAAGAUCCCGAUAAUCCUAAAUACGAUGAGCAAUCGCAGAAAAAAUUUGAACAACUUGCGCGCCUUCAUGAGUUAUACUCCAAUCGACUGGCAAAGGCCAACGUAGCCAAUUCCGAAACCUUCCAGAAACAACAGAGACACAAGAUGAUGUCGCGUGAGAUCGCUUACGAUUGACAGACGCCUUGUAUAUAUGGUGUUACCGGAGGUCACCAUGGACUGAAUGAUAACAGCAGUAUCUACAGUGAGCCUGCUUACAUACCAGAUGAAGAAAAAUUUUGCCAUAAUUGUCAGGUGAGCAUCGCACGUCCAGCCACCUCGCAGAAUUGGUACAUGGACCCACACAUUUCAGCCAGCACCACAGAGCUUUCAAAAAACGAUGGGACGCGACCGAUCAGCGGUCGCGUCCAAAGGUAUUGCCACAAAACCAACCACAAAGAAACAAAUCUAGCUUAUUUAAGACAUCCAGAUGGCGCUUCUAAUCCCAACUUGCAAGAAGGACUUGAACGUACCACCAACUCCUUACAAAAGACUCAGCCGAUUACCAAGGAACCCAACUUUACCUUACCAUUACCUAGUACCACGGAGCUGCGUAUUCUGAAUAUGGAGACUGGGUUAACAGGGAUUAAAAUAAAAGCGGAGGGUUAUGACAGCGGGCAUGAUUCUACACCACGCACGUCAAAGCACAGUCCAGCCGCAAUUUCCCGCAAAGCGGAAAGUGGGUAUGACAGCGUAAUCAGAGAUAGCGAAAGUUCAAGCCUAGAUUCGGAUACGAGUCGCGCUUCCCAUCGAAACCGGAAGUGCAAGCACAAGCACGAUUUUGGCUGGAAGUCCUUUUGUUCGUGGUUCUUGAAUCCGUUCACAUGUAAAUACAUUGAGGAGCCGCCUGAAACGCAUUUUUAACCCAGAUUUUAAUACGAAUCACUAAUUGGUGAUCACAGCACGUCCAACUAGUGUUUCAACUUAAUAAACAGCAAACUCAAGUCCACAUUUCAACAAUAAUCUAUUGCUAUCAAUUUUUGUAAAAUGUAUCUGUUAAACUAUCUCUAAUGACAUCCAAUUGAAGAAUUUGCCUCAGGAACAUCAAAACAUUCAUUUUAGUCGGCCAUUUACUAAUCAUAUCAUAACGAUACACAGGGUUGAUUAGGCAUAUUUAAACAGGCAUGUAGAUUUUAUACGCGCUCGAUAAGAAAACCAACCGUAACACGGUAACGAAUGUCUAAAGCAGAGAAUGAACACAUCUCGACCAGUCUUCUAACGUGUAUAUUUGUAUAUAUCCCAAAAGAUACCCACCACGAUUUUUUUACGAAAAACAUUACGAAAACGAUGCUUUUCAAUCAUUUGUACACUAACUAAACUUAACUAAUAUUUAAACGAAUGUUUCUAUGACAUAGAGGAAGCCCACUGAAAACUGAGAACGCCAUGUUUCGAAAAACAACACUCAAUAUCCUUCCGGGAUCAAUGAAUUACUGUAUUUAUAUAUUGUGAGUCAUAACGAACGAUCGAAUGAUAUUCUUGCCAAACUUUUAUAAAUGAUACCAAGACUGCUUGUCAAUUUUUUGAUGAUCUCAUUAUCGAUAUCAGUCAUGAUAUUCAAUUGUAUAUUCCUUCAAAUUUGUUCCCCAUGAUGAUUUCUUCUUCUUCGCGAGUACGCCCAGUGAAUCUGUCCGCGCACGAUCAUCGACGAAUUGCAUUUAUCUCACUUGAUAUUGAAAUGACGAGAGUAUGAAUAUAUUAUUAUACUAUUACUUAUAAGAGAUUUUCUUUGUGAUAAAAAAAAUGGUUUAUUACUAUUCAUAAACUGCCUAUAUUGUAUGUUAGAAUAUUUGUUCACGACUUAUGAAUUAUUAAAACAAAAACAAAGCGAUGUAUGGAUGAAAGAGAAUGAAACUGAGGAGCAGAAAAACCAUGAUAAUCAUGUAAUUAGUGUAUAUUUAAUGUAUUUAUUUCUAUUUUAUACUGUUAUCGAAACGCAUUCGUUUUUCUUUUUGUAACAUAGCUGUUAGAGGAUGAUCUAUUAUCUAUAAUUGCAAGUUGUAUUUGGUUCUUUUUUGACUAAAAAAUCAUGAGAUGAAAAA